UAGUGAGAGAUUUUCGUCGUACCUUGCACCUUCUAGAAGUUUUGGAACACAGUAACUAUUUUUAAAAGUCACAAGUGACAUUGUUCCAUGGCACGAUGUCACAUAAUUCUGAAAUCAGUUCUGAUUUGAUCAAGCCAAUGGCUAUAGUUAUACCACCAAAUUCACCUAAGAAAUUGGUCAAGUCUACUGCAAUAGUGAAAUAUUCUGCGGUUCAAACMCCUGCCACUUUUGCUCAAUUGCAAUGUAAUACCAAUUUAAAUCUUCCACCGAGCAAUUGGCUUAGCAGUUCUGCUGAAAGUUAUGGUCUACAAAGCGUAUGGUCUCAAAACACAGGAUUUUCAAGUUUUCGCAUGGCGCAUAUGUUUCCAGAUUGUGUCGGGGAAGUCGACGUUGUGUCAGAUGCAGAAAAUAUAAAGAAAUUAUUAAAAUUACCUUAUAAUCAUGGAGUUAUAUCAAUGAUGGUACACCGUAUUGAAAAUACAUUAUUGAUAGAUGAUUUUGAUAUACAUAAAUAUUUGUUACGUCAAGCAGAAAGCGACUGGGAAUGGUUAAAGAAGUUUUUUUAUGAACACAUAUUUCAAAAUUUAGGAGACAAAGAAAAACGACUAUUUCAUAAAGCAAAUAGUAGGAACAGCUUACAACAGAGGAAUUUAGUGUCUAAAUUUCUCUAUCAUUCUAUUGUGUUAGCAGAUAGUAAAGAACAGAAUAUAACACCUCCUUUACCUGUUAAACCAUUGGAACAAUGCCUGCCCGAACCAACACAAGAAGAAAAAGUACCAGAUCCAAACUAUAAUCAUAAUUUUGCACGAAAUGUUGUAUGGACUUUUGAAAAUAUACAAAUGCUUAUUGGAACCGAUAUGCCAAUAUUUGGUGGACAAACUCAUCCGUGUAUAAGUUUACGAUUAAGAGACAUGUCUAAACCUAUUAAUGUAUUGACGGGAAUAGAUUAUUGGUUGGAUAAUUUAAUGUGUAAUGUUCCUGAAGUGGUCAUGUGCUAUCAUUUGCAUGGUAUAGUUCAAAAAUAUGAACUUAUCAAAACAGAAGAUCUUCCUAAUUUGGAUGAUUCGAAAUUCAGUCCUAAACUUAUUAGAGAUGUGGCACAAAAUAUAUUAAGCUUUUUAAAAAAUAAUGCAACUAAAGCUGGUCACACGUAUUGGUUAUUUAAGGGUAAAGAUGAUGAUGUUGUAAAACUAUACGAUCUAACAUCAUUAUGUAAUGAUGUUACCGAUGAAAAAGGACAAAAUCCAUUUACUGUACCAGUAGCAAUGCUGUUAUACAGAGUAGCUCGAAAUAUGAAAUAUUCUUCUGACUAUGAUCGACAUCAGGGUACUAUUCGAAUGUUACUGAAAAACUGUAUUCAGCUUCUUGCAAAGGAAAAAUAUCCACAAAUUGUUACAUCUGCACAUUUUAUGCUUUCUGACUUAUAUGUACCUUCAAGUACGGAUCCAGUUAGUCCAAGACUUUCCGAUCAAAGCGAUGAGGAAGAUACACAGAGUGAAUGCAGUACAAAUCAUGAAAAUGAUAAAGAGGAAGAUGAAGAAACUCCUAGUGCAUCUAUUAAAUCCUUAACAUUAGCAAAUAUUAAAGAACAAGUAGAACAAGAGGGGCCUAAGUACAAACCGCCACCGAUAACAGGAAGUGUAGAAGAAAGGUGUUUAACUGCGUUAGAGCAUGUCGCGCAUGGUCUUGAAUGUUUAAAAUAUUUUCCUACCGAAGAAAGUUCAGAUGAAGAACAGAAAAAGAAAGAGGAUUGUGAAAACGAGAGAAAAAGAUAUGAAGAAGCUAAUCCAAACAUGGCAAAACCUUUUCAAGCUAUACCAAUGCCUUAUGUUUCUUUAAAUCAAGAUAAAAGUUGCGAAUCUGGAGAAACUUCACAAAAUAACAGUCCUAGUCAUAAAAGAAAAAAUAAACAAAAGAAAAAGAAAUCCGAGAAAUACUUUACAAAAGAAGAUAGAUCUCUUAACAAUAAAGAAACGAAAUCUUGGUUAUGUAAAUCAAAAAACGAAACUUUACCUAUUUGGCAGGCUCCCAAAAAAAGUGAUAACGUUAGUUGGAAUGCACAUUUAAAAACUCUUUUAUAUGAAAAGGCCUCGUUGAUAUUUGCUGUUUUGGCAGAAAAUGAAUAUGCAAAUAAAAAUUAUGGUGCCUCUUUGAGAUACAUGUUAGCAGUAUUACGAUGCCAAAAAAUAUUGGAAGUUUGUUGUGGAAUAAGAAAUGACAAAUCCGUCAGUUGUCUGUUAGGUCGUGCAGGAGAUUGCUGUUUUAUGACUGUACAAGACUGGUGUAACAUAGAGAAACAUAAAAAGGAUUAUAAUAUGAAAAAUGUAACCGAAGAGAAAAUAAUAGAAGAAAUAUACGCAUUGGAAGAUUUAGAUACAUAUGGAAUAGAAUUAUUACCGCAACAUCUUGAAAGUUUAGAAUUUACUUUGGUUGCUUCUUACAAGUGUUAUGAAAAAGCCUUGUCCUAUGAACCACUAGAAGUUGAAAAGAAUAAUUUAUUAAGACGAUUAGGAAAUAUUCAUAACGAAUUAGGUGUUUUAUACAUGAACCAAGCAGGAACACGAUACAAACAAGAAAGUACAACCAACGAAUCGACUCAAUCGUCUCCAGACGUUACUGCUCUUCUUAAUUGUUCCUUACAUCAUUUAGAAGCAGGCGUUAAAGCUUUUGAAACUGUUCACGAUGAAGCAAAUUUGGCUCUACUUCAUUCGAAUAGUGGUAGACUCAUGCGAAUUUGUGCGCAUAUGCACGUUAAACACAAUACACAGGAACAGUAUUUUUACAACAAAGCACUUGCGAGUUAUCAAAAAGCCUUGCAAGUUCUAGGCACUAGAAAAUCUAAUCCUGCCAUAUGGGACACAAUAACGUGGGAUUUAUCUACGACACUUUUUACUAUGGCCACAUUAUUACAAGAUUAUCCUUCUCAAGGGCACAAGACAGAAGAGGAGCUUGAGAGAGAAGUAGUCGAUAUAUUACAGAAGGCUCUUAAACAUUGUGAUGUUGAUAUACCAGGACCACGACAACCAGUUUAUCAAUUUCGUGCAGCUAUAAUUCAACAUCGUUUAGCAUCGCUAUAUCAUCAUAUAUACCGAGAAUUCGAAUCAGAUUCAGAUAAUGUGAAAAGGAAAAACAGUUUACAAUUAUGUAAAUUAUAUUACGAUAAAGCAGCAAAAUUGUUAUUAGCUUUGGAACAGACAACUGAAUUUUUGAGAGUUCAAAUGGAACGAGUAGCCUUGGCUGAACAUCAAGCACGAAUUGCCACAACGUUUAAUGGCAAAUUGAAGGCAUAUCAAAAUGGUUUGGAGUUAAUAUUACAGUGUCGACCUAUCAUGGAGAUGCUUUGUGAAAAGAAUAAAACGUCGAAGCAAACACUUGAAACCAAUAGUACGGAUGAUACUAUUAAUACUGCAGAAGAUGAGAAAACUAUUGAGGAACAAAAAUUAUCUGAAGACGAUGGGAAUUUAGUUGUUUUACUCGAACAGAGGUUACAAUUUAUUCUACGGUCGUUAUCUAAAUUACUUGUUAAUAAGAAUACUGCCACAAAUAAAAAAGAAUACGAAAUUCUCGCCAACUUGUAUAAGCAAUGUUACAGCCGAGCACUUAGAUCUGGAACGAUAUCCGGUAUUACAUUGAUAAAUCACAUGACACAGUUAUUAAAAGAUUUGUGCAGUAUAUUGCAACACGAAGAAUAAUAAGGAAAAAAAA